AUGAUGGCCUUCUUGCCAGGCAUCUCCUCUUUUGAGAGGUCUCAGCAGAUUCCCAGUGGCAUCUUCAACAACACUCAAGUCAUCAUUGGUGGCCACUCCCAAAUUGUGACCAUCAACAGGCAAUGGCGUGUGGCUGUCAUUGAGCAAAGGAGCUUCAGCGGGUCCUGGAAAACCAUCUGGAACUACAACACAGGUGUCAUUGCAACCAAAGUCAGGCAACAGAACGCCUGCUACAUUUCCAUCAUGAACAGAAAUGAGAUGCCUCACUUUGAUAACCUGGCCCACCUGGCACAAGAGAGCAGGAACCUGAUCGGUGGUUUUGGAAGACCGAACAAGAGGAUCACCUUUGUCACCAAUGGAUUGGUCAGCAACCUCAACUCCUAUGGAAUAGACAUCACGGCUAUGUGCAGCGGACUCACCACCUACAUGGCUUACGAAGUUACCACUUUCCAAGGACCCCAGGUGACUCUGGGAUCUUGCAUUACCCUGGAUGUCCUGAGUGCUGUCGAGCUGAAGUACUGCAAUAGCAAUGGCAGUACUCAGCAGAUUCCCAGCGGCAUCUUCAAUCACACUCAGGUCAUCAUUGGUGGCCACUCCCAAAUUGUGACCAUCAACAGGCAAUGGCGUGUGGCCGUCAUUGAGCAAAGGAACAUCAGCGGGUCCUGGAAAACCAUCUGGAACUACAACACGGGUGUCAUUGCAACCAAAGUCAGGCAACAGAACGUCUGCUUCAUUUCCAUCAUGAACAGAAGCGAGAUGCCCCGCUUUGAUAACCUGGCCCGCCUGGCACAAGAGAGCAGGAACCUGAUUGGCAUUUUUGGAAGACACACCAAGAAGAUCACCUUUGUCACCAAUGGACUGGUCAACAACCUCUACUCCUAUGGAACUGAGAUUGCGGCUAUGUGCAGCGGAGUCACCACCUACAUGGCUACCGAAGUUCACAGCCUCCAGGUGAAUCUGGGAUCAUGCAUUACCCUGGAUGUCCUGAGAGUUGUCGAGCUGCAGUACUGCAGCGGAUCCUGA